UCUUCCAGCUUCUUUUCUAAAUCAACGGACGAAGCUCUUCUCCGAAUUCCCGAUACCCUUUUAAUUCGGCCACAAUCUCUCUGUGAAUAGUUCAUUCUGUUGCGGAAUUCGCGGAAAAUCGAUGUUGGAUCUCAAUCUGAGAGUGCUAGUCAACGGCGGCGGGAGUCCCCCGGAGGGCUCCGGGCCCGACGAAUCCGGAACCUCCAACUCCAGCUUUGCCGGCGACGACGAGACCUGCUCCACGCGCUCCGGGGAAGUCGCCGCCUUCGAUUUCGGCAUUCUCGCGGCGGGGGACGGAUGCGGCGGCGCCGUCGAGGUGCGGCCGGAGUUGCAGCUGUUCCCGCCGGGCUGUUCCCGGAAUGCGGGUCGGGAUUCCGGGUCGGACCGAACGGAUCUCUCCUUCCUGUGUCGGGCGGAGAUGCGGACGGAGGAGGAGAAGCAACGGCGGCCGCCGCCGCCGGCUCAGCCGCAGCAGGUAGUGAAGAAGAGUAGGAGAGGGCCCAGGUCUCGGAGCUCACAGUACAGAGGAGUCACUUUCUAUAGAAGAACUGGUAGAUGGGAAUCGCAUAUCUGGGACUGUGGGAAACAAGUGUACUUGGGCGGAUUUGACACUUCUGAUGCUGCUGCUAGAGCAUAUGAUAGAGCAGCUAUAAGGUUCCGUGGGGUUGAAGCUGAUAUAAACUUCAAUUUAAGUGACUAUGAGGAGGACAUGAAACAGAUGGAGGGCUUCACUAAAGAAGAAUUGGUACACAUGUUGCGCCGGCAGAGUACCGGGUUCUCGAGGGGAAGCUCCAAAUACAGAGGUGUGACAUUGCAUAAAUGUGGGAGAUGGGAGGCUAGGAUGGGGCAGUUCCUUGGGAAAAAGUAUAUUUAUCUUGGGCUAUUCGACACUGAAGUAGAAGCCGCAAGGGCUUACGACAAGGCAGCUAUCAAAUGCAACGGAAGAGAAGCCGUUACUAACUUUGAGCCCAGCACAUAUGAUGGAGGAACUUCCUUGGACUCCCAGGAUGAAGGUAGCCAACAUGAUCUUGAUCUGAACUUGGGGAUCAAAAGCUCUUCUCCAAAUCAAAUUAUGGAUAGAUUUGGUGAAACAACAUAUGGGAGUUUACAGCUAAACCUGCCUCCAAUUACAUCGCAACAACCUCAAUUGUCGAAUGGUUUCUACUCGCAUUUCUUUCCUAAUUACGAGGCGAUAGCAAAUGCGAAAAGAAUGGCCAUAGGCUCUCCAUCACAAGGACCCUCCCCAACACGGAUGCCGGAAACAAUGUACUAUGAGGUCGGGACAACAACAACAACAAGAACCUCGGGGGCAAUGUUUUCUAGUACAACAGCAGCAGCAGCAUCAUCAGGAUUCUCAACUAUGGCUACCCUUGAUCCCGCAUCAUCGGUGAAUCUCAACUUUGCCUCUUCUCAUUCCACUCCAUCAACGAAUGCUUCUCGCUACCGUUACCAUACCGGGCCACAGCUCUAAUGAUCUAAUCUAACCUUCUAUCUUGAUUCAUUUGUAUAAUAUAGAUGUUGGCUUAAU